UAAUGCCGCGCCAUUAACUCGAGACUCAGACCCGUUCCAAACCUACCGGCCGGCAUCACUUCCCGUCGCCGUCAAAUGUGCGUUGCCCCCCGGACUUCCUCCCUCCAGUCCAGUCGUCUCCCGCCACCGCCUCGUCGUCCCGCACCUUCUUAACCAACAUAGCCAUCGCUAGUCCCCAGCGCACUCAGAGGCCUCCGGCACCCCGAGCUUGCGCGCGGAUGGGUUGCCUGCCACGCCGGCCGGAGCCGGCGGCCAUCGACAUCACGUGGGUAUCGUGCAGGGGCGUCAGGUCGUCGCUCCCGUUCCACACGCCCUGCCUCUACGCGUCCGUCUGCGUGACGCCGUCGUCCGCCGGCAAGAACGUCCGUCGCCGCCGCGUCAAGACCCCCACCGACCGCGCCGGCGGCGAGAACCCCGAGUGGGACGAGCGCCUGCGGCUCCACCUUCCGGACGACGCCUCCUCGGAGCAGGAAGCCGCGGGAAACAAGAAGGACAGGGGUGUUGUUGACCGUGACGACGGCGUCCUUCUCGUGCGGUUCGAGCUCAAGGCCGAGGUGGCCGUCCUCGGGGACGUGCUCGCCGCGUCGGCCGUCGUGCCGCUCUCCGACCUCGUCGAUGACGGCAGGACGCGCCGCGUGUCGUACCAGCUGGCCGCGUCCGCGGACGGCAGGCAGCACAACGGCGUCAUCUCCUUCUCGUACGCCUUCCACCACGGAAGCACCAUCGACGACGACCAAGAGGACCACAGUAGCGACGGCGAGCCUGUAUCGCCCGCUAGCCCAGCCCCUCCCCCGCCGCCGCCUCAUCAGUCAACGGUGUCGUCCUCCGGGAUGUACCCGGUGAUGGACUGGGGGCCACUGGAGCAGCUCGCGGUUUACCCGCCGCAGCUGAACGCCGACACGGUCACGUGCUCAAGCUCACCGGAGCCGAUUGCGGUCUACCCGCCGUUGCAGGAGACGUCAAGCCGUGGAAUUUAUCCGAUGCUGGGGGAGCCGGAAAGCAGUUUGUACCCCACAGUAGACUUUGCUCCGGUGAGCUGUUACACGCCGACGACGGCGCCGUACUACUACGGUGGUGGUUUGUACGGUUGAAACUCUAUGUUGUGAACCCUGAUUUUCGAGCGUUUCGUUGGAUCGGUGUGCCGACCUUCCGCCUCGACAGAGGCUGCCGGCAGCCGGCAGCUUGUACCUUUUUCUGUAAAGUUCACAUGGUGAUGCCGCCAUGCUAGCAUCCUUCGCCGGGCCGCCAUUGAUGCCGGGCUUGUGCUGUGCGUGGUAUUGGAUAUGUUUCAGCCGACCAAAUUCGUCUGUAUGUACAUGAAGUUUGUGUAUGUUAUCACAUUAUAGAUAAAUUAAGGGCACCGUUGAUUCAGCAGGAA